AGGAAGGAUUUUCAUCUUGGCGUGUCAAAAUCAUUCUUUGUUCCAUCAAGCAACAAGUCCAUUAUCAAGCACCACCGCUUUGAAUUGCAGUACCAAGACCGAAAACUCUGUCGACAAACGUGACUAUGACAGGAACGGAAGCAAACAAAACAAAAGAGCCAGCGGCAGCAGUCUUGACUGCCGAGGAGACGACCAAUCCACAGAAUCCUGAGAAACAACCGCCCGUCGCCGAGCAAGGAUUAGCAACAUCAGCACCAACCGCAACAGCAAAUGCCGAGUCCCGAAAAAGGAAGCGAUCGACUGGCGGAGCCAACGCCCUGCAAGAAGCUUACGCCAAGGUAUCCUUUGCUCCCCUGGAACCGACGGGAAGGCCCGACCGGCCCGACUUUUUCUUUUCGUCGUCCUACACCGUCGUGGACUCAGACAACGGAGAGGGAACCGAUGGGCAGGUGUGCGCAGCCAGUGUUUCGAUUGAGGUUCGACAGAUAGUCCAUAACCACGUCAACGGGCUCUGCAUGGUCACGGUGGGGGAGCUCUCCGAGUCCCUCCCCCCUUCGAUGGAAGUAAAAUCGAUCCGGUUCCUUGCAGGGGAGGCCCCACCAUGUAGCAACGCAGCGAAGCGAAAGCGGCAGGCCCAGAUGCUGAGAGGAAAGGGCACUAUAAACCGGACUACUGGAGUCGUGGAACCAUCCACGGUGAUUGCGGAACUGGUGGUGGGGAUGAAACUGGCAAACGAUACCAACGACAACGACACUGACGACAUUAUCGUACCGCUCCGUGCGUGUGUCUGGGGAACCAUCCUAGAGCUAAACACCAACCUUCUUUCGAAACCUAGGAUUCUUUUGGAUGAUCCAUUGCUGGAUGGCUAGUAAGUUAUGUUCGGUAGGCUUGGACUGAUGGAUUGGAUUGGAUGGAUCCCUUCCUUCCUCUGUCACGUACACAUGUUUCUAAUGUUUCGCGUCUCUUGCUCCAUCUCUGGUUUUUGCAUGUUUCAGUAUUGCAAUCAUUUUGCCUUCAGGAAGGUUUCCUCCCCUACCAAAUUACACUACUUCUUCGAACGAUUGAACUCCAGAACAAACACCAAUUUACUCGAAAUCAUGGUUGUGUAGUACGCACUAUACAGUUUUAGUACAGUGGAAAUUGAAGCAGUUACUGGGAAAUAACUGAAAAUGAACGCAACACACACCAGUUCUUCUUUCUUGGAGUCCAGGAAUCAAGUUGGAUAGCAAUU